UUUCUAACAGUGACAACUCCUUGAUUCAAUGAUGACAUUUUUGUUGUUUCUUUCCAUGCCUUAUUAGUUCUCUAAACUCAUAAUCACAUUCUGUAAUCACUUUUUCUUGGCAAAUACAAUGCACUCUCACCUCUCAUCCUCCCGGGCCAAGGAAUCUAAACACUUCAUGAAAGCCAUACUUCUCUUACCUGUUCAUUCCAAACAAAUCAGAAUUCCAGAUGAAUUCAUAUCAAGAUUUGGCAAUGAACUCAACAAUGUUAUUACACUUACUGUCCCUGAUGGUUGUCAAUGGAAUAUACAACUCAACAAAUGCCACAACAAUGAAGUUUUCCUUACCAACAAAUGGCAAGAGUUCUCACAACACUAUUCUCUACAUUAUGGUUACUACUUAGAUUUCAACUAUCAAGGAAAUUCUAACUUCAAUGUUGUUAUAUAUGAUACAACUUCUCUUGAAAUUUCAUAUCCAAUCACUACUAGUACUACUACUACUAACACUGCUUCCAAUGAAUACAACCCAAAAAACCCUUCGUUUCGCUCUAAAUCCUUCAGCAAUCAAUAUGCGUAUAUUAGUUCUGAUUUUGCUUCAAAAUAUCUCAAGCUAAAUGUUCCUAUCAAACUCCAAAACUCUCGAGGAAAUCAGUGGCAAGUUUCUUGUAGAAAGCAUACAGUCAAUUCCUCAGCAAUGCGAAUAUCUGCUGGAUUCUGUAAAUUUGCAAAGGAAAAUAAUUUAUCAGAAGGAGUUACUUAUGUAUUUGAGCUGAUCAAGAAAGUGCCUGUUCUUGUGCUACUAGUUACACAACUUCACAAGGCUCCCCGUGGAAGGCAUGGGCGGUCGGCGAAGGAAAAGCAUUUUAAGAAGGCCAUACUUCCCUCGCCCCUUCAUGAAAAACAAAUAAGAAUUCCGAACGAAUUUGUAACAAGAUUUGGGAAAGAACUCGGAGAUGUUGCUGAAAUAUCUGUGCCAGAUGGUUCUGUUUGGGAAAUGAAACUUGAGAAACGGAACGAAAACAUUUUCUUAAGCACCAAAUGGCAAGAGUUUGCAGAAUACUAUUCGAUAGAAUAUGGUUGCUACAUGUCAUUCAAAUAUGAAGGAGAUUCAAAGUUUAGUGUUGUUAUAUUUGAUGCAACUUCUGUUGAGAUAUGCUAUCCACUCAAAACUUCAUGUACUAGUGCUAGGAAAAUGUCUGAGGUUGAAACAAGUGAGAAUCAUGGCAAACAUGUCAUAAGCAUGGCGGCUAAACAUGGAUUUGAAGGAGCUGAGAUUGCCGCCAAUGAAUUCAACCCAGAAAACCCUUUUUUUCGUACAAAAGUCUAUAGAGACAGGUAUCCGUAUGCUCCUUCUCAUUUUGCUAAAAAAUAUCUGAAGCCAGAUGUUCCUAUCAAACUCCAAAAUGCUGAUGGUAAGCAAUGGGAAGUUUGUUGUGCAUUCAAUAUUGCAAAAUUUCCGGGGGCAAUGCGAAUACUGAAGGGAUAUUUUGAAUUUCAUAGUGAUAACAAUCUGUCAGAGGGAGAUCAUUGUGUGUUUGAGCUGAUCAAGUUGAAGCCGGUUGUGCUAAAAGUCACAAUGUUUCGUGCAGUUGACUUUGCCGAGUAACACCUUCUGUAUGCUCUUUACUGUGAUGAAUGAGGCAUGAGAUGUUGCAUGCUACAUGUUGUUUUGGUAUUUAAUAGUUUACAUGGAUUGCACCAACUUGUAAUAAGCACUUAAUGUAUUAUGAGUUUGAUUUCUUUAAUGGA